UGCAAUGGUAAAAAGCAUACUCGUCAGUAUAUUGUAGACCUCUUAAUACAUUUGACGGAUCCGUGUCGAGUGGAGUAUUUUCGCGCUCUCUCACAGUGUGGCGGAGUGUGUUGUUACAAACCCAGGUACCCGGGCUCUGAGCUUCUGCUGUGUGGAGUGUGUUCUGUGCCGUUCUCGGCGGGUCUUGAGUUAUCGUGAAACGCCGUGAAUCGAGUUGGUCUCGUGUUUAGUGUCGCGCGCGCGUGUCGUUGUGCAGUGCCCCAAAGAGUGGUCCAUUAUCAUCCAUCAAUCGGUUAUUUAUUGUUAUUAUUGCCACUAGAUUGCAAUUGCCAAGUCAAAGAGCGACCCGGUCGUCACACGCGCGGGGGACUUUCUCGAGUGGGAGACUUAAGUUCAAGUGCUGAAUUAUCGUAACUCUUCGUAGUGAGUGUGCGGUUCCUGAUGUAUUUGUCCAUUUAUUAUCACGGUAGGAUCCUUGAUUGAUACUUUUGCGCGGAGAGAGCAAGAGUACUCGUGACCAGUGUUUGCUUGUUUUAUGUUUCCUGAAACAUGCUCUCAGUCAGCGUCUGAGCAGUUGCCCCAGAUUCAAGGAUUACCAAGUCAAGGUCGGUCCUUCAGUGAAGUGCUCGUGACUCCAGAACUUCCCAAGCUUGAACCUGAUGACUUCCGAAAACGAUUAGGAACCAUUUGAGACAUGACCCGACAGUGAAAGUGUGUAGAUAACUCUUUAAAACAAAACAAAAAUACAGUGUAUAUACUAUUAUCGUUGGUGAAAAGCGUACCCGUAGAGUAGCAAACCCAGUGAUUGCCAGUGUGCUCCAGUGUUGAUCAAUUACGCACGGUACAUGUCCACCACACUUUCCAGUGUAUCUGGAGUGUAUCCAGAAGAUUCAGAGCAAGAGCAUGGACUGUUACCCGAUUUAAAUGGAGUGGAUCUGGUUAUGAGCUUGUCGCCGAAAGGAAACCAUCAUCAUCACCAUUUGACCAGUCUACAGCACCUGCAGAACCUUCAGCACAAUUCUCUACACAGCCAUUCGACGCCUUUUAGCGUCACCGACAUCCUGAGUCCAAUCGAAGAGUACCGCAAGCUGGAACUCAGCGCCAACCCACCGUCCCCAUAUAGCGGCGGGAGCAGCGUAAACUCGCCCAGUGCCCUCGGUUCCAACACAGUGUCGGUGUCGGCAGCGGCCGCAGCCAGCAGUAUGGCCAACCCGUACGCAAUGGGUCCACUGUACCACAGUCCGGGCGUGCAGAGCUAUUGCGGUCCAACCGAUAACCUCUCGCUGGCCGGCCACUACACCGAUAUGCGCAACUCGGCCGCCGGAUGGUACGGCUCAACGGCCAGUGAUCCCAGAUUUGCAAAAUACCAACACUACUGGCAAUACGAUAUGGAUGAAUCCUCGAGAAUCUCAAUAUCCCGACUGAUGGGUGGCUCCGCGGGUGGUAGCAUGGGGCAUGCAAUGUCCAACAUGGGCAGCCUGGCGACGUGUAGUAUGACGGAUACGAAGCCAAUGCAAUUCCCGCUGGCCCAGCGACGGAAACGGCGGGUGCUCUUCACUCAGGCACAGGUUUACGAGCUGGAGCGAAGAUUCAAGCAACAAAAGUACCUGUCAGCGCCCGAACGGGAGCACCUAGCCAGUUUAAUACAUCUCACACCCACCCAGGUUAAAAUAUGGUUUCAGAAUCAUCGAUACAAAUGCAAACGGCAAGCCAAGGAGAAGGCAAUGGCAGAGCAGAACCAGCAUAAUCAGUCAGCCAGCUCACCACGACGUGUGGCCGUACCAGUACUAGUUAAAGAUGGCAAGCCGUGUUCCGGCGGCUCUAAUUCAAGCGGUUCUGCUCAACAGCAGCAACAUCAGCAGCAGCAGCAGCAGCAGCAGCAGGCUCAACAGCAGCAGCAGCAAGUAAGCGGCAGCAAUAGUUCCCUAACGUCCAGCGGUGGCAGUGGAGGUGGAGGCGGUGGCGGAGGCGGUGGAUCCAGUGUGAUUCUAACCAGUGAUUCUAACAAUACCCACUCACCGGACACGCCCACCACAACGCUGCUAUCGUCGUACAACGGUAGUCACAAUGUGACCGGCCAGAUGCUGCAGCAGCCGUGCAAUAACAGUCUCAUGUCCAACAGCCUGGCCAUGGCGUACCGGAACCAGAACAACUUCAUGGCCAACAGUCAUCAGCAGCAGUGCGGCAGCUACUUGCCUCUGCAAACCCGAGCCUGGUAAUAUUAGGUGAUUUGUUAGGUUUUUUUUAAACUUUCUUUAAGCAUUCACGGAUUCACUGCGGUGUUGACCAUUUCUGUUCUCUUUGAAGACCACGUGAAACAAAAGACAAAAUCAACUGUUAGCUCUCGAAAUAGUUCGUUUUACUUAAUUUUAUAAAUUAAUAUAUUUUAGCUACGCUGUAGAUUUGAUUUUCUCAUGCGUAGAGAAACGGAAUACUUACUAAAAUGAAAAGCUGUAAAUAUUAACAUAAUAGCCAAUAAGACGAUUCGAGUAUCUGCAUUUUACACGUCACUGACCGGAUGAUGGCUAAGCACGAAUCGCGACCGGUCACUGACUUGAAGAAUGGGAAGAACUAUAUGGAAAUAACACUGGAUUUGAAAUUUAAGUACAAUUGUUACAGUAGUAAGCAUGUAAAAAGAAGAAAACAUGUGGAACACCAACCGGCCGCGUACAUCGACAAAAUUGCAAUAAAAUUACUCAUGUAUUUUGUAAAUUCCUU